AUGAGUACGGGAGAUUUUUUGAGCAAGGGGAUAGAGCUGGUCCAAAAGGCCAUUGAUUUGGACACGGCAACGCAGUAUGAAGAGGCUUAUACGGCGUACUACAACGGAUUAGACUAUUUGAUGCUGGCUUUGAAGUACGAAAAGAACCCCAAGUCGAAGGAGUUGAUAAGAGCAAAGUUCACAGAGUAUCUGAACCGUGCAGAGCAAUUGAAGAAGCAUUUGGAAACUGACGAGACAAGUGGGGGGAAGAAGUCCCCUAGUGCCGGUAGUGGUUCCACGAGUGGUAAUAAGAAAAUCUCGCAAGAGGAAGGUGAGGAUAACGGUGGUGAAGACAACAAAAAACUAAGAGGUGCUCUAUCGAGUGCCAUCUUAUCCGAGAAGCCUAAUGUCAAAUGGGAAGACGUGGCUGGGCUGGAAGGAGCUAAGGAGGCCCUUAAAGAAGCCGUUAUCUUGCCUGUGAAGUUCCCACAUUUGUUCAAAGGUAAUCGUAAGCCCACAACAGGAAUUUUAUUAUACGGACCACCGGGUACGGGUAAAUCGUACUUGGCGAAAGCUGUGGCCACCGAGGCUAAUUCUACUUUCUUCAGUGUUAGUUCUAGUGACUUGGUCUCUAAAUGGAUGGGUGAAUCUGAAAAACUGGUGAAACAGUUGUUUGCCAUGGCAAGAGAGAACAAGCCUUCUAUCAUCUUCAUUGAUGAAGUGGAUGCGCUUACAGGAACCAGAGGUGAGGGGGAAAGUGAAGCAAGCAGAAGAAUUAAAACCGAGUUGCUAGUACAAAUGAAUGGUGUAGGAAAUGAUUCCCAGGGCGUAUUGGUCCUCGGUGCCACGAACAUUCCAUGGCAACUAGACAGUGCCAUCAGAAGAAGAUUUGAAAGAAGAAUAUACAUACCAUUGCCAGAUUUAGCGGCCAGAACCACUAUGUUCGAGAUUAACGUCGGCGACACCCCCUGCUUGUUGACCAAAGAAGAUUAUAGAACUUUGGGUGGGAUGACUGAAGGUUAUUCUGGGAGUGAUAUUGCCGUGGUGGUAAAAGAUGCUCUGAUGCAGCCAAUAAGGAAGAUUCAGGGCGCCACUCAUUUCAAGGAUGUGUCUACAGAGCAAGAUGAUUCAAAGAAACUAACGCCGUGCUCUCCCGGUGAUGAUGACGCCAUUGAAAUGAGUUGGACUGAUAUCGAAGCUGACGAACUAAAAGAACCUGACCUUACCAUAAAGGAUUUCUUGAAGGCCAUCAAGUCGACGAGACCUACUGUUAACGAGGAUGAUUUGCUGAAACAAGAACAGUUCACAAGAGAUUUUGGCCAAGAAGGUAACUAA